AUGCUCCUGGAUGCCGGUGCAGACAUUGAAGAAAUACCCUUUCUGGGAAAAGCCAGAACAGUACUUGGAUACUGCGUCAAGGAGGAAAACAGAGAAUUGGCACAAUUUCUGCUUUCACGAGGUGCAAAUCGUGAUUUGUUGCACCCGGUGGACUGUCAUGACCCCGAUCCUCUCGCUAGAGAUUCGAUAGACACUUGGGAUUUAUUCCAGGAAUAUCAAACGACUGCACUGGGUAUGGUGGCGUUCAAGGGAGAUAUCCCUAUGAUGCAGAUACUUCUAGCAGCACGUGCAACCGUCAAUCGAAUGGACACCCCGGACCGUUAUCUGAAUCCGCUCCUCUUAGCCGUUGCUGAAGGAAAGAAAGAGGCCGCCAGGCUUUUACUGGAAGCAGGUGUCGACCUCCAUGUUGCUGAGAGGUACAAAGUGUCAAGUGGGGACAGAAAAAUAAGUUUAUUCAAACGAGCCUUGGAAGCAAAUGAUCUGCCCAUGUGCCAGCUUCUCCUCGCCAAUGGAGCCACGGCUGGUGUACAGCUCAUGGAGGAUCAUUAUUCUUCUCAAUUGUGGGAGCACGUCAAGCAGAAUGACACUGAAACCGUUGCACUGCUUCUACAAUUUGGAGCUCGAGCAAAUGAUCUUCGUGAGGGCCUCCCUAAUAGCGCGCUUGGGUUGGCUAUAACUCAAGGGAAUUGGACUAUGAUCUCUCUGUUACAAAGUGCAAGGGCGACAAGAGUGGGCCAUGCAGUCCCCUCCAUCGCUAGUGUCGAGACCGCACAAUUUCUGGAACAUAGUAACCUGCUAUCACAGCUUCUUUCGGCCAAUGGGCAGAUGAUACUUAUCGAGGCAAUCAUUUCGCAGAAUGAGCCUUUGACAAGUCUUCUUCUGGGUUAUGGAAUCGAUCAACGUGACCGAGACAUUAAAAAUGUACCCGGCCUGGCUCAAAUUAUCAUCGGCCAUGGGGGACAGGUGACUGAGGCUGAAAUAAACGCAAUCAUGUGGAGAGUAGGAAUGACCCAGGAUCAUUCUGUUCUACUGAGAUUUAUCAACAUUUUCGGGCCAUUUUCUCUCUUUGCUCCAACCGCAGUUGUGAUGGCAGUGUGCUCAAAUGACGAAGCUGCCGUCCAUUAUUUGCUGGAGGCUGGUGUGGACGUACACGGUUCCCCAGAACUGUAUAUUGACCGUCAUUAUCGAGAGAUUUUGGAACCAAAGCUUGCCAUCUAUCCAUAUACCAAGGAGAUGAUAAUUUCAAUCACGCCAAACAGACAUCCGGUGUCCUUCAUUCCGCUCGAACUGGCAGUGAUAUAUGGCAACCGACAAAUAUUCCAAGCCCUAUUGCGAGCAACCACCUGGACAAAGGAAGAAAAGGGACGGGCCUUAUCAGUAAGCUUUCACUUUUGGGACAGACGGUUUGUCCAGGACUUGUUGGAUGUUGGUGCAGACAUACACCAAGAGGUCUUCCUCAUUGACACAAACAUGAAACGGUCUUCAAAUCCCGUGAAAUUCCCUUUAAGCGAAUGGGAUACUCCCUUAUUGCGGACUCUGCUGACCAUCGAUCGUAUUAUUGACAAUAUCAAUGGCCGAGCAUACAUGCAACUACUGCAGAACUCGAGAGGAGAGCCACUGUUACAGACUGCAGUAAAGGCCGGCAAAGUCGAGAUGGUGUCUUUGAUUUUGGAAGCAGGCGUAGAUAUCGAUGAGAUCUAUGAGCCAACCUAUACCUUUGGAUCCGGAGGAACUACGUUGUAUCUUGCUGGCGAAGCAGGAAACGUGGAGCUGAUGAAGAUACUUUUGAAAGCCGGUGCGAGAAUGUUUGCUGUACCGACACCCAAAUACCCGAAUACUACUCUGUGCCACGCGGUAGAAGGAGGGGAUCUGGAGGUUGUGAAUAUGGUAUUAGCAGCAGAUGCAGAUGUCAACAGUCCACCAUUUGGAGAUGGUGGCAUGACCGCACUACAGCAGGCGGCAAAGCAAGGGAACAUGGAGCUUGUGGAUUUUUUUUCCUUAAAGCAGGCGCAAAUGUGA